AUGGGAUCUCAGGCAAGAUAUAACAUGUUCAAGAUAUUCAAUCCUGAGGGAUAUGUGAAGCAGCUUGACUUCAUCCAACAGACAACAGAGCUUGGAAACACAGUUGUUGGGCUUCGGAACAAGGGAGCCGGGGUAUUGAUUGCCCACAACGAAAAGAGAUCGAAGCUUGCAGAUACCCAGAAAAAGGUGUUUCCAAUUGACCGAAGGUCUCUGUUUACGUUUUCUGGCAUUACCAAUGAUGGGCAACAGAUUGUGGAUUACUUGAUUGACAAAAGCGUCCAAGAAGAGGUCAUCAAAGGGAGACCUAUUCAUUUUUUAGAUGUUUUUGAGGAUCUGCUAAGAGAUACUUUUGAAAGAACGAUAGUUGAUGGGAGAAGGCUUUAUGGGGUCUCGGGGCUUUACAUGGCGGAAUAUGAAGGAAUAAGGCUCGUUGAAUUCAACCCAAAGGGGUAUGCCAAGGAGGUUUCUGGAAUGAGCAUAGGUAGCAGAGCACAAUCGUCCAGGACUGUAUUGGAGGCCUACUGCUCGGAGUACGAGAAGAUGAAUGUUGAGGAACUCGUAAGGGUUGGGAUUAUGGCUCUGAAGAAUGCACACCCGGAAGACGAUGCUUUGACCAAAGAGAACGUUGAGAUAUGGAUUCUCGAGGCAGGAAAGGUUGUAUACAACAUGGAUGCGGGAAUGUUUUUGAAUUAA